CUGUGUGCGAUUUUUACAUUUCUGGGAAGAGUGACAUCUUCUGGGUCCGCUUGCGUUUUCCUGUGGUGCUUUUCAGCGCGGACCCAGCGUGUCACCAUUGCCUCCAAAAGCCACCCAGAUUUCUUGGCGCGAGCUUCUUGGGUGCUCCGCAGGAAGCGGGUCGUCGGCGCUGCGGUGGGCAUCGUCAUGCUGGUGACGCUGGUCAUCGCGAUUCCGCUGCUGGUCCAAACUGCCAAGAUCUCCGCGCACUACGAGAUGAUGGGCACCUGUCGCAUGAUUUGCGAUCCAUACAGUCCCAAACCGAGUGCGACGGCACUGGAGGUCAUUCAGGACCUUGGUGCUAUCCCGCCUCCACCAUUCUCGCGAGGGACUAAAGGGGAACCCGGGCGCCCGGGGAAACCUGGACCCCGCGGUCCGCCCGGCGAGCCGGGUCCUCCCGGUCCGAGAGGACCACCCGGUGACCGGGGGGACUCCGGGAAACCUGGAUUUACCGGACUUGCGUCAGGAACUGCCAGGACCGAGACGGGAGAAUUUGGGUCAGCAUUCGGAAGCAUCAAGAUUGCUUUUUAUGUAGGUCUCAAAAACCCUCACGAGGGCUACGAAGUUCUGCGGUUUGAUGAUGUGGUAACAAACUUGGGCAAUCACUACGAUCCUUCUACCGGCAAGUUCACAUGCCAGGUGUCUGGAAUCUACUUCUUUACGUAUCACGUGCUAAUGCGUGGAGGAGAUGGUACAAGCAUGUGGGCAGACCUCUGUAAAAACGGACAGGUGCGCGCGAGUGCCAUUGCCCAGGACGCCGACCAAAACUACGAUUACGCGAGCAACAGUGUGGUGCUACAUCUGGACUCAGGUGACGAGAUAUACGUGAAACUUGACGGCGGCAAGGCACACGGCGGCAACAACAAUAAAUACAGUACGUUUUCUGGUUUUAUUCUGUACCCGGACUGAGCGAUUUAAUCGAACACUAAUCGGCACAUUCCAGCAGACCGUCUUCCACGGUGACCCGCACGUUGUAGUCUUUCAUGUAUGUAUAUUUGUGGGAAUCGGGACUGAUCACUACCCGACACUGGCUCGGGCCAUAACGCCUAACCAGUGAGAAAUUAUGUUGUCUGAAUGUGCCAUUUUCUGUUUGACUAUGUGUUCUGUGUCAAACCUAAACAAAUUAUAUGUCAAAAAGAAUAAUUAGUAAGACUAAGUAAGAUUUAUUAGUGUAGACCUGUCUGAUAUAGAUUUUAUAAUUGGCUAGCUCAUGCAAUGUCUUGUCCUGUAACAAAACAUAUACUCAACUGUCAAUACUUAUUUAUGUACUUCAAUAAAUUAUGUUUUAUAUAACCAGGUCCUUUAUGUGUAUUUAAAUACAUUAUAUCCUCAGGUUCAUAAAAUAUUAUUUGAAACUCAAACGAGUUAAUGAAAAAGAGGCUGUGAACUGU